UCGUGAUCCGGUUAUAAUUGGUGAACUUGUGUGAACUCGUUGUUGAUAAAUAAAAAUUGUUUAUAAAUUAGUUGAAAUAAUGUUUAUACACGCAUUUACAAAUAAUGGACACGCAAUUAAUAUUAGUAUUAUAUGGAAUUUUAAAUGCACGCUUCGCGUUUGGUGAUACAACAAUAUCAAUCCAAUCGGACAACGAUUGUGGAGGAGUAUACAGUCUGAAGGCCGGUGCCCUACUGAUCACCUACCACGGAACGAGGCUGUAUGAUUGUACGUUUACAAUAGAUUCAAACGACUCGACCAAGAAACUAUGUGCUCAUUUAGAAACGAUUGAUAUCCCGUCAUGUGAAACAACAAUCAAACUCUAUGGAUAUAACGGCAAGAAUGAUGAUCGUGUUGAUUUUCAAACAUAUACAUGCGGUUCGACAGACACAACAGAAUUUUGUCCAGCACGUGUCACGAGGUUGCACGUGACAUUCAAACAUCCGGGUCUUCAAAACAGUGACGAAGUUCGCCUGAAAAUAUCAUACGAAUCCGACAAAACCUAUAUUUAUUUAAUAAUUGGUUUCGUUGCCAUCGUAAUUGUUAGUGUUGCCGUGCCGGCGUUUCUUAUUAUACGUUAUAAAAGACGUAAACGUAUAGACAAUAUCAAUAUCCAACGCCGGUAUCUGAUAGCAACAAUAUCAUAGUUGUCAACAUAAGCAACUAAAGAGUGACAUGGACAGUGUACGCUUAAAUGAUGAUGAUUUGUUU